AUGGCAGAAUCAAGAAACAACUUCUUUCCUCAUCAGAUUCUCUGUCUCUUUCUUGUCUCACAAGUUUCCAUUGUCUCUAGUAACAGUAGCAGCGUAGGAGUGAACUGGGGAACAAUGGCGAGUCACCAGCUCCCGCCUCAAAACGUUGUGAAGAUGCUAAAAGACAACGGCUUUACAAAGCUGAAACUCUUCGAAGCCGACCAAAACAUCUUAGACGCUCUAAUCGGUUCAGAAAUCGAAGUCAUGAUCGGAAUACCAAACCGUUUGCUUAAAGAAGUCGCUCAAGAUCCAGACGUAGCAGCUUCAUGGGUCGAAGAAAACGUCACCGCUUAUUAUUACCACGGUGGAGUCAACAUCAAGUACAUAGCUGUCGGAAACGAGCCGUUCCUUCAGACAUAUAACGGGACUUACGUUGAGUUCACUCUACCAGCUCUCGUCAACAUACAACGAGCACUAGAGGAAGCUGAUCUGAAAACCGUGAAAGUCACGGUUCCUUUCAACGCAGACAUCUAUUUUUCGCCAGAAUCAAACCCUGUUCCAUCAGCUGGAGACUUCAGGCCUGAGCUCAGAGAUGCAACGAUCGAGAUAAUCAACUUCUUGUAUACACACGAUUCGCCUUUCACGGUCAACAUCUACCCUUUUCUCAGUCUUUAUGGAAACGCUUACUUCCCUUUGGAUUUCGCCUUCUUUGAUGGGACAAACAAGCCUUUGAGAGAUGGAGAUUUGGUUUACACCAAUGUCUUUGAUGCCAAUCUCGACACUUUGGUUUGUGCUAUGGAAAGAUACAGCUUCUUGGGGAUGAAGAUCAUCGUGGGAGAGGUCGGGUGGCCUACGGAUGGAGACAAGAAUGCUAAUUCAAAGAGUGCAAAGAGAUUUAACCAAGGAAUGGUGAAGCAUGCUAUGUCUGGAAAUGGAACGCCUGCGAGGAAAGGAGUGAUCAUGGAUGUGUAUCUUUUCAGCCUUGUAGAUGAAGACGCCAAGAGUAUUGCGCCAGGGACUUUUGAGAGGCAUUGGGGCAUCUUUGGUUUUGAUGGGAGACCCAAAUACGAGCUAGAUUUGUCUGGUCAAGGCAAAGACUAUCCUCUGGUUCCUGUGGAAGAUGUCAAGUACCUGCCUAAAACAUGGUGUGUUUUGGAUCCGAAUGCGUUUAACCUAGAUGACUUGGCUGAUAACGUCGACUAUGCUUGUAGCUUAUCUGAUUGUACAUCACUCGGGUAUGGUUCCUCGUGCAACCAUCUUACCAACAUAGGCAAUGCUUCAUAUGCGUUUAACAUGUAUUAUCAGAUGCACGAUCAGAACACGUGGGAGUGUGAUUUCUUGGGUUUGGGUUUGAUCACAGAUGAAGAUCCCUCUGAUGAGCUUUGUGAGUUUCCUGUGAUGAUUGAUACAGGAAACUCACCGAGGUUGCAGCAUAAAUCUUUAAGAAUGUUGACGCGAGUCGCAGCCACGGUUUUAGUUGUUUUGGUCCUUUCCCUCUUGUAG